AUGCCUUCAACCCGUUUCUCAACCAAUACUUCAUAUUUCCCAAGUCACGGCAAUGUCUUUGCUCGACGGCCUACAACAGACCAGUCAAGCUCUGGAUACCCUAGGACAGCGAGGCCAACAACAGCGGGAACAAGUGUUGCCUCUCAGGAAAUUAUUUGUGCCAUUAGUGAAUCCCGCGGAAUAUCUCCUACUGUUGGCCUGGCCUUUGUCAAUUUUUCCACAUCAGAGGCCGUCUUGUGCCAGAUAUGCGACAGCCAAACCUACGCCCGAACCAUCCAUAAAUUGGCUGUGUUUGAUCCAACGGAAAUUCUCUUUAUGAAAACUGCUAGAGAACCACGAUCAAAGCUUUAUUCCAUCGUGGAGGAGAAUUUACCUCAAUUGACCGUUACUUCCAUUGAUAGACGGUUCUGGGCGGAAAGCGCUGGCCAUGAAUAUGUCGAGCAGCUUGCGUUUAGGGAUGAUCUUGAGUCUAUCAAGAUGUCUCUUGAAGGAAACUAUUUCGCGACAUGCUGCCUCGCUGCGGCACUCACUUAUAUUGAGACGGAGUUCUCCAAAACUUUUUCUCACCAUUCCCUUCGCAUCAAAUAUGAACCGUCUGAGGGUUCAAUGUUGAUUGACCUGUCAACAAUCGUCUCGUUAGAAUUGAUCCAAAAUCUCCAGAAUUCUAAAUCUCGGGAUUGCCUUUUCGGAGUACUCAACGAAACUCUUACCCCAAUGGGCUCUAGGCUCCUCCGCAGUAAUGUUCUGCAACCCUCCACAGAACAGGCCAAGCUUCUAGCUAGGUAUAACGCUGUUGAGGAACUUAGCAUGAAGGAGGAAAUGUUUUACUCUGUUCGGCAGGCUCUCAAGUCUUUCGUUGAUUCCGACAAAGUCCUCACCUCUCUCAUUGUAAUGCCGACGAAAAUAACAUUUCAGCAUGCGGAGCAAUCAAUCAAUAACAUCAUCAUGCUCAAAACCUACGUUAACGCGAUUAAACCUAUACAUCAAGCGUUAUCGGGCGCCCAGAGCACCCUUUUGUUAGCAAUCCGCAAUGCUGGAAUUAACACCCUUCUCGACGUUGCAAGACAGACAUACAAAGAAGCAAAUAACGAUGUUGUUGAGUUGGCUUCGCGAUUAGGCGAUGAAUACGACUUGGCCCUUGACUUGAGGUUCGAAACCGGUCGACAGUAUUAUUUGCGUUUAUCUGUUUCGAUCCUGGACAACAAUCCACUACCCGAUGUUUUCAUUAAUAUCUUCAAGAGGAAAACGUACAUCGAGUUCCAAACUCUGGAUCUUGUUAAGUUGAACCAAAAAAUUACCGAUUCUCACAAUGAGGUGAUCAAUAUGAGCGAUCGAACAAUUCAAGAAUUGAUAGAGGACAUCCGAUCACAAAUAGCCGGGCUUUUUCGUGUAAGCGAAAGUAUCGCCAUGCUAGAUGUGCUUGUAGCCUUCGCACAUCUUGUAACUAUACAGGAUUAUGUUCGGCCAGAGCUCACAGAUACCUUAGCAAUCAAAGCUGGUAGGCACCCUAUUCGCGAAAAGAUACAUUCGGACAAGUACGUACCCAAUGAUGCAUACGCCACCCAACAAUCGCGGUUUCAGAUUAUCACCGGCUGCAAUAUGAGCGGCAAAAGCACGUACAUUCGAUCUCUGGCUUUAAUGACUAUCAUGGCCCAGAUCGGCUGUUUUGUUCCUGCACAGUAUGCGUCGUUCCCAAUAGUGCAUCAGCUUUUUGCACGAGUAUCGACAGACGACAAUGUCGAAGCCAACGUUUCUACAUUUUCCGCCGAGAUGCGUGAAAUGUCUUUCAUUCUUCGCAAUAUAGAACCAAAGAGCAUGGUUAUUAUCGACGAACUCGGUCGCGGUACUAGCACCAAUGACGGUCUCGCCAUUGCUAUCGCGAUCGCUGAAGCGCUUAUCGAAAGCCACGCGCUAGUGUGGUUCACUACCCAUUUCCAUGAUCUGGCCAAGAUCAUGUCAGAGAGGAAUGGUGUUGUCAAUCUGCACCUUGCCGUCGAGAUGUCGCUGUCUACUUCAAAAAUGACAAUGCUUUAUAAAAUCUCGGACGGAUUUGUAAAGGACAAACACUAUGGUCUCUUCCUCGCGAAACUUCUCCCGUUCCCCCAGCCCAUGCUGCACAAGGCUCAAGAGGUUUCAGAAGCACUGAGUUUGAAAAUCGAAAAUCAACGGAAACGCUCGAAAACCCUCGCCAUUGCGAAACGGAGAAAGCUCAUUCUAGAUCUUAAAGAGCAACUGCUGCAAGCUAAAGAUGGGGCGUUAAAUGGUGAGCCACUCAGAAUCUGGCUGAAGAAAUUACAGUAUGAAUUCACGUUGCGAAUGGUAGCCCUCGAUGCGGAAGUUGACAUGGCAGAUGAUGAUCUUAUGGAUGUGGAUGAAAGUCGGAGUAUACAACCGUCAGUGUCUUUUGACCUUGAUCCCGAAGCGAUUCUUCCAACAGAAUCUAAGCCCAUUACUAAUGUUACGACCCCAUCUGCCCGACCGUCCCAUUUUUCAUCACAACUAGAGAAAUCUCCUUCAAUUCCAUGGUCUCCAUCCGUCAUGGAAUGA